GCUGUGCUAAUGUUGGCAGCCAGUUGGCUCCUGUGAAUGAUGUGUCUGCCUGUGAGAGUCUUUGUGCAACAGUGCAAGUAGUCAAUCAGCCAGCAGUCAGCAUUCUCCUGCCCCUGUCCUUCUUUCCCUUCUGCCACUACGACACACAAACAAGCACCCCAGAGUCUCAGAGUACUCCCUCUUGCACACUCGCUCGCCUGUAUAGAAGCAGCGUCGCACUCACACUCACACACACUCGUUCACUGUGCCACACAAACAACAAGAUGAUGCGCAUCACCACCCUCCUCUUCACCGCCUUCUUCACGCUCCUCUCCUCCGUCCUCGCCAUUCAAGUCACCUCUCCCUCACAAGGCAUCACCUGGACCGUUGGUAGCACUGCUCAAAUCACCUGGUCGAGCGUCAGUACCGACCCAACCACCGUGGAUGUCUACCUCGUCAACUUUUCACGAUACCCAAAUAGCAUUAUCAUGCUCAAGAGCAACGUUGCUGUGUCGGGUGGAAGCUUGGCGAUUGAUGGCACAUACUUGCAGCCUGGGACUGGAUGGCAGGUGAAUUUGGUGCCACAGGGAAGUAACUCGCAGCAGAUCCUCGCGCAAAGUAACCAAUUCACAAUUGCUGCAGGUGGUGCAGCGGGUCAGACACCGACUGCUGCGACAGGGACCGUGACUGCAGCUGCUGUUGCGCCAAUUGUGACGAAUGGCAAUGCCACUGCUGCUGGUGGUGGUGCGGGUGGUGUUGCCUCUGUGCCGCGUGUGUCUGCUUCGUCUGCUGUGGGUCUGGUCCAGGUUCCGUUGUUCAUGCUGGGUGCUGCUGGUCUUCUGCUCUGUCUCUAAUCAUCCUUUCGCCCUGUCUGUAGCCUCUUUACCUUAAUACUCAUUCUGGACUGAAUUAUGUGACUGUCUAUCCCUCGGACUGCUUUUUG